UUUAAUGAUCUAUUUGAAGAGGUUUAGGGAUUUGGCCCUUAAUUGCUAUGGUGGCCAUGCUGAGUCCUUCUUGGUGGAGAUUUGCAUCAACAACAUGCAUCUGGAAUAUCGCGUUGUUCUUGAAAACAUCAAGAUCAAUCAGUUUGUAAGGUUGCUUGGUGCUACAAAAAAAACAACUAUUUCUGUUAAAGCCAUCUCUGCUAGGAAGUCUGUUAUGAAGUUGGCAAAAGAGAAAACCGCUGCUCACACCUUUGCUAUCUUGGUUCGUGGCCAAGGACAGGGUCAGAAAAAGAGAGAUCGCGACACAACAUCACCACCGCCCACUCCUCUAACUGUCAAAGAACUUGGUGUGCUCUUUAAACAGUGGAUUGCUGACGAUGCCAUCACAUUGCCUCAAUUGCAUCGCGAGCCCAACGAUGGUGACAAGCGCAACCGCAAAGCCACAGAGGCCAUACUCUCCAUCGCCAAUGAGACUAAAGGAGAAUGCCUUAAUGUAGAAGCACAUGCCAGCCGUGCUUAUCUUGAGUCUUCCAAUGCCAUCACAUUCAUUGACGAAGAUAUGGAGGCGCCAUAUCCUGACCAUAGAAAGCAUCUUUACUUAUUUGCUCAUAUUAACUCUGUCAGUGUCAGGCAUGCAUUUGUUGAAACAGGAUCCUCUCUCAACCUGAUAUCGUUGAGCACCAUCAUUGUUAGAGAUAAUUCGAUUGAUGAACAACAUCUCUCCAACAAAGUAGAAUGCCUCACACUUGAGGCUAGAAAUAAAAUACUUGUUGAGCAUCUAGAUUCUUCUGGCGAAGUUGAUCAUCUAGUACCGUCAUACAAGCUGCCAACCUUCCAUGAGGCUCAACCAGCACUUACCUCUCUUAAGUCCCUCGAAGCUAUUGAUCAUGGAGAUGAUCUAGCGAACCCCAAACAUGAUCUCAUGCUUAGAUUACCAACCAUAUCUGUCCCCUUCCAAGGCAAAACACUUAAAGUUUAUUUGUCUACUUCUGACAAAGCUGUGGGAGCAUUGGUCGCCCAAGACUACCAACAAGGCAAGGAACAACCAGUUUAUUAUGUCAGUUGGAACCUCAAGGGCAUUGAGUCAAGGUACUCUUUUGUUGAGAAAAUUUGCCUUGCAUUAAUUUAUGUAUCUCAGCAUCUUCGACAUUGUUUCUUAGCCCAUAAGAUACAACUCAUCACCAAGUCUCAGCCCAUUUGGUACCUUUUAACACGACCUAUGCUCAUUGGCCAUCUUUCUAAUUGGCUUCUCCAAUUGUCUCAAUAUGAUAUUACAUGCAUUAAUCCCACUGCCAUAAAGGGACAAGCUGUUGCAAGUUUGCUGUUUGAGUUCUUUGGCGAAGUCCAAUAUCCUAUUUCUAAUGAAGUCCCAAGAUAUAAGGUUGCUGCUGCGCAAGAAAUUGAGGAAGAAUGGACAUUAUACUUCAAUGGUUUUUCCACAACUGAAAGAGCUGGGGCUAGCAUUGUUCUUAGAAAUGACAAGGGCCAUGACAUAGUGUUUUCAUUCAAGCUUGAUUUCCAAUGCACAAACAACAUGGCAGACUAUGAAGCGUAUCUCAUUGGCCUUGCUAUGGCAAAUGAGGCAGGUGUGCAGUGCCUAAAAAUCAUUGGUAAGUCAAGUUUGAUCCUUGGCCAAGUUCAAGAUCUCAUUGGUCCUAUCCAUCCUCCAUCUGAAGGUUAUAUUUGGAUAUUGGUGGCCAUUGAAUAUUUCACUAAGUGGGUGGAAGUUGUCCCUCUUCGCAAGGCUACAGGUCCAACGGUGUCGAACUUCAUCAAGGAAUACAUAAUUUGUCGCUUUGGGAUCCCAUACAAAAUUGUAAGUGACAAUGGAACUUCUUUUAUUUAUCAACAUGUGCGAAGAUUGCUGGACACUUGUAAGAUCAAGCACCGAAAGUCCACUCCAUACUAUCCCCAAGGCAAUGGCCAAGUGGAGGCAGUAACUAACAAAAGUUUGCUAAGGAUUUUGAGCAAGAUGGUCCAUGAGUAUGAAGGAGGAUGGAGCAUUCAUUUGCAGGAUACGCUUUAGGCUCAUUAGAUGUCAUCCAAGAUUGCCACAGGUUUCUCACCUUAUUUUUUUGGUAUAUGGUUGCGAUGCUAUCCUUCCUAACAAAGUCCUAGUGCCAAU